AUGGCAACUAUAGCUGGCCAAACACUAGGCGGCGCAACCACGCCUAAGCCUCUUACAUUGGAAGAGAUCGACGACCUCAUCUACUCCGCGCGUCUAGGAGAUGUAGACGCAUUGCGGACAGAUAUCACGAGCCUCAGCCAGAAGUACGGCUGUUCCUCCUUAGAUAUCAUACAGUCUGCUAUCGACAUGGAAGACGAGAGCCAGGGGGGAACGGGGGCGUGUUUGUUGCAUUGGCCGGCUGCGAAUGGGAAUAUUGAAACACUCAAUUACCUCCUCAGCCUCCUCGAUACACCUACACAGACUCUAACACAAACAACAAUAUCCACCCACACAUCGCAAGACCCCGCAGCAAGGGCAGCAACAACAGUGAACCCCAUCAUAAACCACCGGAACAACUCCGGCAACACCCCAUUACACUGGGCGGCGCUAAACACGCACUUGGAAUGCGUUAAAGCACUCGUCCAUGCCGGCGCAGAUAUCACUACAAAAAACAAUGCGGGCCAUGAUGCCGUCUUCCUCGCUGAGAGGUCGGAGUGGACUUCGUUACCUGCUGAUGAUGAAAAGGAGGGAGAAGGAGAGGUGGAAGUGACUAUGAAUGGGGUUGGGGAAGCCGAGAAUAAGGAAGAGGGCGAGGCUAGGAGGCCGAUUUCGAAGGGCAUGCAGGUUGUCGAGUGGUUGUUGGGGUGUGAGGAGGGUGAGGGGUUGGAGAGAGGGGCGGGUGUUAGUGGGAGUGGGGAUGGGGAUGAGGGUGGUAAUUGA